AUGGAGUCUCUGCUCUUAGGGUUUAAGGAACCCCAACAAGACGACGUCGUUGAAGAGAAAUCCCACAGCUUCAAGCUAGUGCCUUGGAUUAGCUGGGAGGAGUGGAACUUCGUCAAAACCUCCUUCUUUUCGUCUUCUCCGGAUUCUAUAAACUCUGCCCUCCAAAGAAUAUCGACGUGGCGGAGCAGAGGAUGCAUUCCGGUGGUGAUUGAUGUCACUGCUUCUAUUAUCGAAAUUCAACAGAAAGAUCCUUUUUUUAGAGAUGACUUAAGUGAAGGUGCUCUGCAAUCACAAGAAAUGCUAUCCAUGCUAUAUUGCAUGGCGAUCAUGAGGCUUGUAAAUGGUGUGGUUGAGAAGACCCGGAAAAAGACGGUGAUUUCAAUCGGGGAAGCAGCAAAUGCUAUUGGCAUUCCAAGAAUGCUUAUUGAUAUUCGUCAUGAGGGUUCUCAUCGUGAUCUCCCGUCUCUUCAACUGGUUCGUCUUGCAUCGACAAAGGCACUUGAUUGGUUGAAAUCAUAUUAUUGGGAACCUCAAGAAAAGGCCAUCCCGGUUAAUCAAACUGCCAAUCGCAGAAAAGAAAUUAAGUGUAGACUACGUGAACUUGCUGUGUCUCUUAAAGCGAAGCAAAUUACCAGAUCAAGUUCUUUGCAAGUCAAGGGAAAACGUGUUAGACAAAUGGAACACUUACAUGGGCAUAAUAAAUUUCUCUUUCUUAUGGCUGGGAAGACAUCACAUUGUAAAACUACAGGUUCGAAGAAGCAGGCAUUAGAUUCCUCGGAUUUCACAGAACACACAAUGGAAUCGGAAAUCGGCCAUGAAAAGCAACAGACUGUAUAUGAUGACUGGAAAUCUGUCGUCUUGAAAUUGUCAAAUAAAGAACCAGAAUUGCUUCUAAACCUCCUUAAUGCUGUUCUUGAGAAGAUAGAGACGCAGGAAGAAAUCAUGAGAUGCAAAAUAGGCGAACAUCACAAUCUGGAUAAUUUUGCUAAGUCUUGCCAAAUCGAGCUACUUGCUUAUUUGUUUGAGUGGCUUGUUGGAAAUCUCAAGACAGUAUAUCCCGUCUCUCACAAGGAACCUACAGAAUGUGAAGAUUCUCUGGCAGAAUCAAACUUGCCAAAGGAGACGCUACGAAGAUUAUUACGCAAAUGUCUUGUGUUGUCUUGUCCUGGCAAUGAAAAGCUGAUGGAUUCGGCCCUUGUUCUUGCACAGAUGACAGGAGACAGCUCUUUGCUCUGUAAGCUCAAAAAGAUGGCUUCCCUAUGGGUGUCAAAUUCCAACAUUAGCAAAGAAAACUCUGUUGUUUCUCACUCUGUGAUCCUUCUUUCCGAACAAGAAGAUUCUAUUCGUCAAGCUGAAGAGCAAUUCAAGUUAAUCAGACAUCGUCAAAUGAAUGGCACUGAUGUAAAACCUACUGACUCCAAUGUGGAAGUUAAUAGCCGAUGGGUUGUUACAAAGUCGUGGAAGCCAUGUCCUAUAGGCUUGCUCCCUCACAAUCUUGGCUUCUCAGGCCGUCUUCCGGUUCUCGACUGCAAUGACAAGCCCAGAGAAGCUCAAAAAGUAUCAGAUAGCAAGGCGCCUUGGGAACGAAAUCAAUGUGGGAAAAGGGAUGCUGACUGUCCGAUUGAAGAAUUGGAUAGCGCAUUUAUUAAGAAAGUGAAGGAGAAUGAAGCAGUUUGUGAAUCAUACGAUAAGGAUGAUACUCCCUCCGAAGGGGUUAUGGGUCGUCUGAUGGUCGAUGGAGUCUGGAAAAAAGUUACAGAGGAAGAACUGCUUCCUAUUGCAUCAGCUAUAAGAUUAUUAGUUUAG